AUGCAUAUUCAACCGAGUAUAUUACUUAAUAAAUUAGCUCAAUUAACAAUGAAUUCAACAAUAUAUUCGACUCGUGAUCGAAGUAUUCGAAUAAUGAAUAAUUUUCUUGAUGUUCUAUCACAAUGGACCCGUACAUUUCCAUAUGAUUUUCGUAAUACAGAUAUGAUAACACAAUUAGAAGAAACUUUAAAAAAGAUCAAUUCUUAUGAGCCAACUCUUCAAUCAGCUACGCAUCAUAUAAAGAAAAAACUUCUUUCAAAACUAAAAGCAUUAGAAAACUAUGAAGAAUAUAUUCGACAAUUAAAUACAAAAGCAUUAAAUAAUCAUACUCAUAUGGCAUUAAUUACUGAUAUUAUAAAUGAAUGUCCGACCCCAAUAUUAUUUGCUCAACAAUUAACCCAUAUUGAGCUGGAUAGAUUAAAACCAAUUGGUGCUGAAGAAUUAAUACAAUAUUACAUUAUGAAAUUAUCAUUAGAAGAAGCACAAGCACAUCCAACUAGAGCUUCUAAUAAUGAAGCAAGAGCAUCAAAUAAUAAAUCAUUAGAAAUUGUUCAUGAUAAAAAGUUAACAUUUUGUCUUGAAACUUAUGUGCAAUGGUUUAAUCGGUUAACUUCUUUUGUUACUACAGAAAUAGUUAAACAUACACAAAAACGUUUACGUAUACGACUGAUUAGUUAUUUUAUUGAUGCUGCUUAUGAAUGUUUUUGUUUACAUAAUUUUAAUUCAAUGUUCGGAAUAAUUGGUGGUUUAAAUAUGCAACCAGUAAAACGUCUAAAAAGAACGUGGGAAAAAAUUGAAUCAAAUAAACUCGAACAACUUGAACAAUAUAUGAAUGUCUCAAAAAAUUUUGCUAAUUAUCGUCUUAUAUUUAAAUCAGCUAAAGAAGAAGCUGAAAAAUAUGGUUGGACAGUAGAUAAAAUAGUUAUACCAUUUACUAGUCUUGUUCUACAAGAUGUUUAUUUUAUAAAAACACAUAGUAAAGAUAACACAGUAUCAGGUGGUAUUAAUUUAAAGAAAUAUGAUUCUAUGGCAAAAUUUAUUUCAGAAGAAUUUGUGCAAUGUAAACAGAGUAAAUGUUCAUUUGAACGAAAUGAUGUGAUUAUUAACUAUAUAACUACAUCACCGACAUUCAAUGAAAACUCUUUAAUGCUUGCUUCUUUUGAAUGUGAACCACCAGCAACAUCAAAUGAAAAAGAGAAAUGGACUAUGCUUCAAGCAACAAUAUACACAUCAUCGUGA